AUCCUCAGACUUAAAAAGUAUUGGAACAUAUGUAUUUAUUUACAUAUAUAUUCGCAUGUUUAUGCAUAUAUAUUCACAUGUAUCUACAUAUAUAUAUAUAUACAUGUUGUCUCCCCUUCUACCGAUGUUAACUCUUUGAACCCAUCCCUCUUCCCUCUCUUGGUUCUUCCUUGUACAUCCAAAUUCAUAUUCAUUCUCCUAGGCGGUUUUGACGAGUUCGCAUGGCGAGCCAUUUCACGGUCGAAUAAGACCUUAUUAGGCCUAUUUGAUCUGGGAGCUCUUGUCCUACUUGUAGCUGCAUGUACCUAUAGAGAGCACGAAACCUCAAGGUGUGGACUAACCCAAAACUAAUUAAGGCCAAUUCCAAGGUCGCAAGAAAUGGCUCAGACUAUGACGGUGAUGCUUUAUUACAUUCUUUUCUUACUCCUGGGCUUCGGCACGGCCAAUGUGGCCGGUGCCGGUGGAGGCAAGUGGCAGCUGUUGCAGAAGAGCAUCGGCAUAACGGCCAUGCAUAUGCAGCUCCUCCACAAUGACCGUGUGGUCAUCUUCGACCGCACGGACUUCGGGCUGUCCAACCUCUCCCUCCCCAAUGGACAAUGCCGGAACAACCCCAAGGAGCUGGCAGUCCAGGUGGACUGUACCGCCCACUCGGUAGAGUAUGAUGUGCCCUCCAACUCAUUCCGGCCCCUGGUGGUCCAGACUGACGUGUGGUGCUCCUCGGGGGCGACCACACCCGAUGGCCAACUGAUCCAGACUGGAGGGUUCAAUGACGGAGAGCGCCGCAUCAGGAUAUUCAACCCGUGCAAUGCUGGCAGCACGGAAUGUGAUUGGCAGGAGGUCGACAACGGCCUCUUGGCUCGACGGUGGUACGCCACCAACCACCGUCUCCCUGACGGAAGGCAAAUAAUAAUAGGCGGGCGAAGGCAAUUCAACUAUGAGUUCUAUCCAAAGACUGCCAAUGCCCCGAACGUGUACAGCCUUCGGUUCCUGGUCGAGACGAACGAUCUCAAGAUCGAGAACAAUCUCUACCCCUUCGUCCACCUUAAUGUUGAUGGGAAUCUCUUCAUCUUCGCGAAUAACCGGGCGAUUCUAUUCGACUAUGUGAACAACAAGGUGGUCAAGACAUACCCGACAAUCCCCGGUGGCGACCCCAGGAGCUACCCGAGCACCGGCUCCUCAGUCUUGCUUCCGCUGAGGAACCUUCAAUCAAAGGCUAUUGAAGCAGAAGUGCUGGUCUGCGGCGGUGCGCCGAAGGGCUCAUACAAUCAGGCGAUGAGUGGGAAUUUCGUCGGAGCUUUGAAUACGUGUGCGCGGAUUAAGAUAACCGACCCGAAUCCUCAGUGGAUUGUGGAGACAAUGCCACAGGCUAGGGUCAUGAGCGACAUGCUGCUCCUCCCCAACGGCAAUGUCGUGAUCAUCAAUGGAGGUGCUGCGGGCACCGCCGGCUGGGAAUAUGGCCGGAACCCGGUUCUAAAUCCAAUCAUUUACCGCCCCGACAACCCGGUUGGGGCCAGGUUCGAGACCCAAAAUCCGAGCAGCAUUCCCCGGAUGUACCAUUCCACAGCAAUCCUCCUUCGGGAUGGGAGGGUCCUCGUCGGCGGGAGCAACCCCAACAUAUACUACAACUUCACCGGAGUACUAUUCCCGACCGAGUUAAGCCUCGAGGCCUUCUCGCCACCAUACUUGGACGCUCAAUCUUCAACCCUCCGGCCCAAGAUUCUAUCCCCUAGCUCCCAGACCAAGAUUGCCCUUGGGCAGAGAUUCACCGUGCAAUUCACCCUGGCAGCCGCUCUGAAUGGGAGCACGGUGGCUGUGACAAUGGUGGCGCCGUCGUUUACAACGCACUCGUUCUCAAUGAAUCAACGGCUGCUCGUGAUUGGCGGCUCGAAUGUGGCCGCCGCAGGCCCAUCUAAAUAUGUGGUGGAGGCCGUGGCACCCAGGUCGGGUAAUCUCGCACCAUCGGGGUUCUAUCUUCUAUUCGUGGUCCACCAGGAAAUACCCAGCGAGGGCAUAUGGGUCCAAAUAGCAUGAAUGAAUUGGCCUUCGUCAAUAGACCGAUAGGGCUCAUGCUUCCCAUGGAACACAGAAGACAAUCAUGGUCCCAGUCCAAAUUAAUUUCACAAGAAGAGGUCUGAGGAAGUUGGGAGUUUGUCUUUUUCUUUCUUUCUUUUCUUUUAAUUUUUCGUGAGGUUGAUAAUUAUUAGGUGGAAAUGGAAAAAUUACGGAUUUUUUUCUCUGAUUAUAUAUAUAUAUAUAUAUAUAUAUAUUUCUUCUUGACUGUCCCUAAAGAAAUUUAUAUAUACACCGAACAUGCCAAAUUAAUAUUUUACUGGGAGACAUUAAUUUAUGUAGCCACGAAUUUACAUGGAAAUGGAAGUAUGUCAUAUCA